AAUUGCAGUUGCCAGGCUCGCUGGGGCGACGUCAAUGAUGCAUUGAUGGUGGCGUGAUGGUCUGCAGCAGGUUGCCCGAAGCACAGAGACAAUUAAGACAGAAGGUGCCUUCUCUCUUCAACUUGCAUCAAAGGCCGUGACCAUUACAGGCAGCAAUACAGCAGCUGUGUGUUUGACGUUCCUUUUGCGGCCAUUCGCUCAGGUGCAUUGGUCGGGCUUUCAUCAGGGUUUUGUAAUCCGCUCCGUCUCACGGCGUCCUUCAUGAUGCACCACUGGCAGCACUAGCAGGAAGCCAGAGCAAAGAUGCGGAAGUCAUACAGCAGCUCCCAUCGGAACCAGCAGCCUGCGCAAUGGCUCUUCAUUGUCUUUGUCAUCGCCUUCUGUCUGCUGACCCCGCUGGCCUAUGUUGCGCACCGCUCGACUCUGAGCAUCAAUCCUCAUGUGAACGGAUUAGCAGGGCCCCAGUUUGGUGUUGGCGUGUCAGGCGCACAGAUUAUGGGCGGGCGGAUAGAACAAACGAGCUCCCCCCAAGAGCUGACCACAUUAUAUAAGAGGGAGGUUGAGAAGAAAGCGAGAAAGGCGAGCAGGAAACGGCAAAGGGAAGUGAGGGUUGCGGAGCCGUGGGAACAGGGAGAGGGAGUCACGGACGAUGGAAACGAAAACACGGAGGUUCAAUUGUUGGGAGAGGGCGUGGGUGACGUCACUGGGAUUGCGAGUGGGGACUCGCACUUGCCCGGCGACGGCGGCGCCUGGGGACACGACCCGGCCACCUCUGACGGCCUCGAAAGCGGGCUGAAGGGAGGAGGUCGGGGGUCCGGGAAAAGCGGCCGGGGACUGGAAGAGUUGGAGGGGGGGCAGGGCGGAAACGAGGGCGUGCGCCACUCCCAGAGCAAGCGGCUGCAGCAGCUCGUGUCGGACGGCUCCCCGGACGACGACCCGGCUUCGGACGCCGUGUCGGACCAGCUUGCCACGUGGCAGGAGGGGGGCGGGGAGGGAUCGGACCGCUUGAUCAACUUGAUGAAAGAGCAAGUGAUCAUGGCGCGGGCGUAUACGUUGCUGGCUCAACAGGGAGGGGAUCAGCAGCUGGCACGUCAAUUGCGGGCGAAACGGAAAGAGCUGCAGCGGAUGCUGGCGGAAGCGACAGUCGACGCGGACCUCCACCGGCUGGCCACCGAGCGCAUGCGGGGCAUGGGGGCCCUUCUCGCUCGCGCGCGGGACGCCCACUAUGAGAGCACGGCCAUGGUGAAGCAUCUCAGGGCGAUGGUCCAGGGCGCCGAGGACCAGGUGAAGACGCUGAAGCGGCAGAGCGCGUUCCUGAGCCAGCUGGCGGCCAAGACGGUGCCCAAGGGCCUGCACUGCCUCUCGCAGCGCCUCACCGUCGACCACAGCAGUGCCGCGCCGCACCAGAAACUGGCGCUGCCCGACCGGAGCAGGCUUGAGGACCCCUCCUUGUUCCACUACGCGCUCUUCUCCGACAACGUGCUCGCCGCCGCGGUCGUCGUCAACUCGACGAUCACCAACGCGAUCGAGCCGGAGCGCCACGUGUUCCACAUCGUCACCGACGGGCUCAACAAGGCGGCGUUCCAGAUGUGGUUCGCCGAGAACCCGCCCGCGCCCGCGGCGAUCGAGAUCGAGAGCGUGGACGAGUUCCGCUGGCUGAACGCGUCGUACUGCCCGGUGCUGAAGCAGCUCGAGUCGGAGAGUAUGAAGGAGUACUACUUCAAGGCUGACGGGGCCGCGCAGACGACCCACCUCAAGUACCGCAACCCAAAGUACCUGUCGAUGCUCAACCACCUGCGGUUCUACCUGCCCGAAGUAUACCCCAAACUGGACAAGAUUCUGUUUUUAGACGACGACAUCGUGGUCCAACGUGAUUUGACCCGCCUCUGGGACGAGGACCUGCGCGGCAACGUGAACGGCGCCGUCGAGACGUGCGGCGCGAGCUUCCACCGCUUCGACAAGUACCUCAACUUCUCCAACCCCCUGAUCCGGGACAAUUUCGACCCGCGCGCGUGCGGCUGGGCGUAUGGAAUGAACGUCUUCGACCUGCGCGCAUGGAAGGAGCGCGACAUCACGGGCAUCUAUCACCGCUGGCAGACGCAGAACGAGGACCGCACUCUUUGGAAGCUCGGCACGCUCCCCCCCGGGUUAAUGACGUUCUACGGCCUCACGCAUCCGUUGGACAAGUCGUGGCACGUGUUGGGGUUAGGGUAUAACCCGGGGGUAGACGACAAGGAAAUCGCGCGCGCUGCCGUCAUUCACUGGAACGGCAACAUGAAGCCGUGGCUAGAGAUAGGGAUAAGCAAGUUCAAGCCGCUUUGGACGCGCUACAUAAACUUCUCGAGCCCGUAUUUGCAACGGUGUAACAUAGCGGAUUGACUUGUUGACGGUUGAAGGAAGAGGGAAAAAGGGAAAAGAAGCUCAUUAAGGCUGCUUAUGUGCAGUCAAUUGAGGAGUUCUCAGAAGGUUAACUCCACUGCUAAUCAUAUACGGGAGAUUAAAAAGCGGCUGGAUGUCGUGUUGCAACUAACCACAGGUCGGGGUAGAUCAGGAUCAACUGGGGCCUAACCAUCGACUGGACUCUUACAGCUCUUAGUUCGCUCGCACGUAUAUUAUAUACGUUAAUUCGAACUUCUUGAUCAGACUUUCCACACAAUCUCUUGAGGAACCCGGAUGGGAACCUACUGCCA